CCCAUAAUCACGGCCAGAGCAAGGCCAAGCGAACGGACGGACGCAAGCUGUGAACGGAAAGCACGAAAAAGAAGAGCGGUGGAGAUGUCGACCGCUUCAACAAGCACCGCACCUACGGGCGGCACCCCGCUCCACCUUGCCUCGGACCUCGCUGCACGCGUCCGAGCGGCCGCGUUGCGAGAAGCAGCGCGGCGGUUCCGUGAGAGGGAGGCGCAGCAGCUGGAGAGUCAGGCAGCUCUUCCAGCACCCGACGAUGGGCCCAGCGGCGGCAGCAAAUCUUUCGCCGAUACUACCGCCCAGACCAGCAUGGCGGUCGACGACGAGGAGCUCAGCGUGGACGCGGAGGAGAGGCACACAAAGCUGCUCAACGCGCUGCGAGACGAGAAGGCGAGGAACGAUGCAGAAUGGGAAAUCGUGCAGCGAGAACUCACGAAACUGGGCAAACGUGUCAGCGGCGCUUCUGAUGCGCAAGAUGCCGCGAUGAAGCGGUCAAUACGCGACAAAGAGAUCCAACUGGCCCAGAUAGAAUAUCACAUCCAGCGAAUGGACGAGAAGGUGGCUGAUCUGGGCCCAAAUACGUCGGCUCUCGUACGCGACGUCAAGGCGCGCGGGAAUCUGUCCGAUGUGAUCCUUCAAUUGCAAGAUGUCUUGAUCGACGCGGAGGCAGACGUGGCUCGCGCUCGACAAUCGUUGCAGAGUGAAAAGCAACUGCUUUCGGAUCUCACGCUCAUCGAACAAGGUAUGCAGAUGCGGCAGCGGCAGUUAGAGCGCAAAUCGACACAAUUGACCGAGGAAGAAGUGAUUGAACAAUUGAAGACCAAAUUACGGACAGAGGAGGAGCAGCUCGGCGAGCUGCUGAAUGCGUUGAUUCGAACCUCAAAUGACCUCUUCUCGGACGACGACGCCCGGCUGCGCGUCCAACUGCGCAGCCUCCUCGAUGCGCUCAUGAACCAAGCAUGGGACGCCCCCGCUGACCCGUACAUUACGAUCGACAAGCACCCCAAAUCGCUCGCGUCGUUUCUGGUGCGAGCGCAUGUCGCUCAGGAGCACCCACGCGAUUCGCGCCGGCUUUGCCUCGUGCCGUUCCAGAAGGGUGUGCGGUGA